CCCAACCACAACAUGAGUUCCGAGGACGCAUUCCAGCAUGCCCAGUACGAAAAUAACACGCCCAGCGGCAAGAUCAACGGCGCCCGCUUAGACAGUGCCACCCUCGCACCUCUAAUACUUGACGCGCUCGCAUCACAUACGCUAUUGCUAUCGUUUACAAAAGACGUCGACCAGUUGAAGUUUCGCACCUCGGGCUCGAUUAGGCCUCCCCCAGAACCUACUACGCCAACCAAGCAUGACAGCCACGAAAGCGCCGCCGAGAGCUGCAAACUGGACCUGCAGAUGAGGAACAUGUUAUGGUUUACUGCCCGACCGACAAGGCAACUCGGCCAGAUGGCGGUGCAGAGCGGGGGCACCAUCACCUUUGUGUGGGAGAACAUCUUCUGCAAGAUCUCCGAGGGAAGUGGCACGUACGCUUCCAGCCCCCGGACGUCGACGAGCCCAGGCUCUAACAUCGCGGCAUUGUCCAAAUUGAUCCCAAUACAUCGAGAACACGCACCUGACUCGCCCAGAGAAUCCCCCCUCCUGCCCGUCGCAGAGGCAAUGUUCCACCACCUGGAAAGCUACGCCAUGGACGAGGAGCCGACAGUCGCCGUCAGCCUCGAAUCGCCGGUCACGAGCGAAGUCGAGAAUGUGAGCCUGUUCAGAGUCAAGAUGAUUGUCAAUGACUGGAUGGCAAACAUCUCGACGUUCAAGAUUGACGGGGAGGCGGUCUUUUGCUCUCGGUCACACGAAGAUGGGUAUACCUUCGAAAGCUCCUGGGCCCCUCGGCAGGAGAGUAAUUUGGCUACGCUGCACUUUUUUGCCUUGGGUCCUCAUUUGGGCAUCGGCACGGCCGAGAUGACUGUCAGGGUAAAGGACACCAAAGCUUGAGUUGCGAGGUGCGCGCCCUUGUUUUUGUUGUGCGGGGACCCUACAAGCGGGCGAGGGUAGAUAUCAAGCUUCGCGCCGUUGAGCGCAUGGCAAGCAUCAAUGACAUGCUCGUGACCACCUAGAGUGCGAAAGACAACAUAACAAUAGCACGAGAACUGUGUUCUUAGAGCGCUCUUGCGAUCUUCCAGAUAGGGGUCGCUGUGCUAGUGGUUGUCGGCCCAGGAUGGGCUGUUGCAGUUGUGGGCCCUAGUAUAAGCCCAGCCAAACGGCGGGCCGGUGUGUAUAUAGCCCCACGGCUCGUCAAUUUCGCAUUUUGCAUUCUCGAAC